AUGCACAUCAAGAGCCCAAGUCUCAAUGGAUCUUUGCUGAAGAUUGCUGUGGAAGAGCUGACCAAGCAGGGCUGCAGCGUCACUGUGUCGGAUUUAUACGCCAUGCAGUUUGAGCCCAGAGCAACAAGGAAGGACAUUGUUGGUGAGCCCAGCCAAAAUACGCCCCUCCCAAAAACCAGUGACUUGAUAGGGCCAUAUCUCAAUCAUUUCAUUUUCCCCUUGUUUUGGUUCAGCAUGCCUGCAAUCCUGAAGGGCUGGAUGGACAGAGUCUUGGUCCAAGGCUUUGCUUACGAUUUGUCAAAGGUUUAUGAUGGUGGUUUGCUCCAGGACAAAUUAUCCCUCUUUUCUUUCACCACGGGAGGAAGCCAAGAGAUGUUUUCAAAAGAAGGUGUCGGUGGUGAUAUUCGCUAUGUCCUGUGGCCCAUGCAGUUACCAGCUGGCUGCUCCUGUGGAGCUGUUCAACUGCAGAGCUCACAGGUCAACAUGGCAGAAACAUGAAAUACAACUCUAAAUUCAGAAACACACCGAGGGAAAAUGGCAAGUUGAGCUGAUUCCACAGGCACUAGCCUUCCUACAGGAACCUUUGGCUAAGCCAGAGUCAAAAACCCAUCUUAGAAGUAGAUGUGGAACACUGCAGUUAGAGACCAAUCUGAGGAGUUGCAAAUUGAACAGUGAACUUCUGGCCUCCUGUGAUCCUUGCAAACUGAACAGUGAACAGCUGCCAAGGAGGACAAUUCUGUGGGAUUAACAGCAGUUAAAAAUAAAUUCCCUAGAGCAGAAUAAAUGAAGUUGCCAUUAUCUUUCAGUAUGCCAUUCUGCUGAAUUUCUUCGGUAGUGACUGCCUGGAUAGGUAGUGAACUUCUGCAAUUUAUUUUCCUUCUCUGGAUAA